GAUCUGCCCGAUCUCUUUGAUUUCUCAACCGACCAAUUCGGGGCCGACUUCGAGCUCUCCAUGCUCUCGCCCCAGCAGAUUCCUACCGGCAUCAUGGCGCCCAAGGAGCCCAUGGGAGAUGCCCCUACGGGGACCAUCUCGCCGAAGGAUUUGCUCAUGGAUGCUUCGGCACCCCCGUCCACUUCUUUCACCGACCUUAGCACGCCCUCGUUCGAGUCGCCAGGAUACUUCAGCCAAGACACUUCUCCCAUGUUCGCCACGGACAUGGAGCUGGCUCCUGGACAUGAGGAGUGGGACUCUCUCUUCCCCACUCAGGAUUCCUUCCCUUCGCUGCCCUUCGACUCGGUCACUCUGGACGCCGCUACCGCUGUCCUUUCCAAACCUCAGGAAGAGGUGCCUAUGCCUUCCCCGAAGGCUAGGUCGCCUUCCAUUGCUCCCUCUCCUUCUUCUCGCUCAGCAACCAAGCCCUCCUCUGUUGCUGGCGUGAAUCCUCGCUCGCGCAAGGCUUUGGCGCCCAUCAAGUUCGACUCUGCCGACCCCGUCGCCAUGAAGCGAGCUCGUAAUACCGAGGCUGCCCGAAAGUCUCGUGCCCGCAAGUUGGAGCGACAAGAUGACAUGGAGCGUCGCAUUGCUCAGUUGGAAAAGUCUCUCGAGGAGGCUGAGCAGCGCGAGCAGUACUGGAAGGCUCUGGCUCAAGCCCAGAACAACGCUUGAGUUGAAAGAAGAAAAACGAAAACCUAAAAAAAAAAAAAAAAACCUCAGCAAAAAAAAGUCGGUUUUGAUUUCGCCUUGUGAUAGCGUUGUGUAACCUGCUGUUUCUAUUUUUGGUUCCCCAUGGGAUUGGUUCUGUGGUGGGCGGGGGCUUGGAUGCCUCUCGUCAACCUCCCAUCGUCAGCAGUAG